AUGACAGAACCCAACAUGACCGCCACCCCCGCGCGAGCUUCAACCCUACUAGCAAACCUAAACGCUGUAGCAGCACGCGUCGCCAAUGCCUCAGCUCAGAGCACCGCAAAGAAAAACGUCCGCUUAAUCGCCGUAUCAAAACUAAAACCCGCCUCCGACGCCCUAGCUCUCCACACAUCCCCCGCCGCACACACGCACUUCGGCGAAAACUACCUCCAAGAACUCCUCGAAAAGUCCCGGCUAUUGCCAAGGUCAAUUAAAUGGCACUUCAUCGGCGGACUGCAGUCAAAUAAAUGCGUCACACUGGCGCGGGAUGAGGAAGUUUCCGCCAGCAAGACGAGAGCAAAUGAAUACGACGAAGCUGGUGAUGCACGACUCCGCAUUUACGUGCAAGUCAACACUUCCGGCGAAGAAAAUAAAUCCGGCAUCGCGCCGGAACAAGCACCCGCGCUGGCCCGAUAUAUUCGCGAAAAGUGUCCCCGACUCAAGCUUCAGGGUGUUAUGACUAUUGGAGCGAUUGCGCGGUCUCGGGCUACGACCGCUGAGAAUGAGAAUGAGGAUUUUGUGGCGUUGCGUGAGGCAAGGGAUCGGAUUGUGACUGAGUUGGGUCUUGAAGGGGAGGAUGCUAAGUUGGAACUUAGUAUGGGGAUGUCUUCGGAUUUUGAGGGGGCGAUUGCUCUUGGCAGUGACCAGGUUCGAGUUGGAACUACCAUUUUUGGAGAUCGGCCGCCUAAGAAUGAGGCGAAGGUUGUUUGA